ACGAAGUGUCAACAAUGAAUCAAGAAGCGAAGAAAGUGGCCAAUAAUUUAUAUGGAAGAGUUAAUAUGCCCGCUAUAGAAAGAUGCCGGGUCAGUUUUUGUACGGAUUUGGAAAAGUCCGUUCUGAUGAGUAACUUCGAGCGACGAGGGUGGAACCAAGUCGGACCAGACGACGAAUGGAACUUUUAUUGGGCAUCUACGCAGACUUGCAGGAAUCUGUUCAGCGUAGAAAGCGGAUACCGCAUGAAUGACAACCAAAUGAUUAAUCACUUUCCCAAUCAUUACGAAUUGUCCAGAAAAGAUUUGCUCGUGAAGAACAUAAAGAGAUAUAGGAAAGAACUCGAGCGAGAAGGCAAUCCUUUAGCCGAAAAAGCAGAAGUAGUUCUACAUGGAGGUCAAGUUGUCACGCGUUAUGUCCAUUUAGACUUUAUACCAGUGACUUUUGUUCUGCCAGCGGAUUACAAUAUGUUCGUCGAAGAGUACCGCAAAUCACCGCAAAGCACCUGGAUUAUGAAGCCCUGCGGGAAGUCACAGGGAACAGGAAUAUUUCUCAUAAAUAAACUUUCGAAAUUGAAAAAAUGGUCUCGUGAGGCGAAAACUCCUUUUCACCCGCAACUGAGUAAAGAAAGUUACGUUAUUUCUCGGUACAUCGACAAUCCUCUACUAAUAGGAGGGAAAAAGUUUGAUCUACGUCUUUACGUGUUGGUCACUUCUUUUCGACCUCUGAAGGCUUAUCUAUUCCAACUCGGCUUCUGUAGGUUUUGCACAGUCAAAUACGACACAAGCGUAACAGAGUUGGACAACAUGUACGUGCACUUAACAAAUGUCAGUGUCCAAAAACAUGGAGGUGAUUAUAACAAUAUACACGGGGGUAAAAUGACAGUUCAGAACCUAAGACUGUAUUUAGAAGGCACUAAAGGAAGAGCUGUUACCGAUAAAUUAUUCUCCGCCAUUCAGUGGCUAAUCGUGCAUUCCCUAAAAGGCGUAUCAUCGGUAAUGGCAAAUGAUCGACAUUGUUUUGAAUGUUACGGUUAUGACAUUAUUAUCGACAAUCAACUAAAGCCUUGGCUUGUCGAAGUGAAUGCUUCUCCAUCAUUAACUUCGACAACGGUGAACGACAGGAUUUUGAAAUACAAAUUGAUUGAUAACAUAUUGAGUGUGGUGUUUCCACCGGACGGUGUGCCGGAUGUGCGCUGGAAUAAAUUACCUAGCGCCGAAGCAUUGGGGAAUUUUGAUCUUCUCAUCGACGAAGAGCUUCUAGAAAAAGAAGAACCAUCUAGUUCUAGUGGUAGAGGCACAAAACCGAAUAAAGCUAGAUGAAAAAUCACGUAAAUCAACCUAAGUUAGUUGUAUUCGGCAUUUCAGUAGUUAUACCUUUUUAAUGCGAUCUAAGUGCACUUAAAGUGUUUGUUGAGUGCGGUGUGUAUUUGCAUUUUAAUGUUUGUUACCCGCAGAAAAAUAUGGCUACGUCCUACGGCCAUUCUAUAUGCUAAACAGGCGCCAACUUCCGGCAGAGGAAUGCUGUGCAAGUUUUAUCCGCCGUCGGAGCUCGCCUUUGCAGGCGGAAAACUUUAUAAUUCGGUGCUUGCUACAUUCGGACAAUUGGUAACUUUUUGAAUUGAUCACAGCGGAAUUUACCCGUAUAACUCAAAAUGCUUUUGAGAUUAACCGUUUGCUACGA